AUGAAGCUCAACAUCUUUUCCACCACUUUAGCCAUUGGCUUGGUCUCUGCCGGAGCUCACUAUCACCAACAAGAUGUCGUUGCCAACGGCACCGAAGGUGUAUGGAUAGCGCCUACAGAUACCGACUACCGCGGUCCAUGCCCCAUGAUGAACACCCUAGCAAACCAUGGAUUUCUUCCCCGCGAUGGGAAAAAUCUCACCGAAUAUAACGUUGUCAAGGGUCUCAACGAUGGUCUCAACUUCAAUAAAUCUCUCGCAACCAUCAUGUUUCAGCAAGCUAUACCUGCCAGCCCCGCCUACCCAAAUGCUACAUUCUUUACCCUCAACGACCUCAACCGCCACAACGUCCUCGAACACGACGGAAGCAUAAGUCGCUCCGACGCCUACUACGGCAACAACUACAUCUUUAACCAAACCAUCUUCGACACCACCAAAGCCUACUGGCCAUCCGAAACCCUCACCGCGCAACACCUCAUCGACGGCAAAAUGUUCCGCCAAAUCGUAUCGCGCUCCACAAAUCCAAACUACACCUUCAGCGCUACGACUCAACAAUUCAGUUUGGGAGAGAUGGCUGCACCGAUUGUGGCUUUUGGUGAUAAAUAUGUUGUGACUGCUAACCGCACUUUGGUUGAGAGUUGGAUUGAAAAUGAACGUCUGCCAACUGAACUUGGGUGGAGGAAACCGGUUGAGGAAAUCUUGCUGAGUGAUAUUACUUAUGUGACUGAAGUUCUCGGGAACCUCACUUCGCUUUAUAGCACUGUGAUUAUUACGCCUAACCCAGACUCGCUUGCAAAGCGUCAGAUGGGACACUGGGGUCAAUCAAUCUAG